AUGAUCGGGAGCGCAACCAGUAAAAGAACAAAGAGAACAAAGCCGAUUACCGGCGCACCUUCGUCGGAAAUCUCACCGGCAGCGGAAAUAAUUGCCAACAACGUCGAUCUCCUCACAGAAAUCCUUCUACGUUUGCGUGCGAAAUCCCUAAUCCUGUUCAAGUCCGUUUCCAAGCAUUGGUUCUCUCUCAUAUCCAAUUCCCAAUUCUCAAUCACCCUCUCCCGCCGAAACCCUAAUCCCUCGAUCUCAAGUUGGUUCUUUUCCUCCAUGCCUCCUGAGCACUCAACUCGACCAACAAUCACUCACUCUUGCAACGGCUUACUGUUAAUUAGAUAUCCUCCAACUAUGCAUUUCUUGGUUUUUAAUCCGACUAUACAGAAAUAUAGAUUAAUUAUCCCUUAUCCUUCUAUAUAUUCAUCUGGGUCUAAUCUUGUGAGGUUACAUGCUUAUUUGGAUUUUGAUCCUUCGAAAUCGCCUCACUACAAAGUUGUAUUGCUGAUUAUUUACGGUUGUCCCACCAGUUUUAAUGUUGGGAUUGAUAUAUAUAGUUCGGGGAGUAUGUCUUGGAAACAGAUUCAUGCACACGGAAACGAGCUUAUACAUGCGGCGUUUUCUGGCGGCGUUUUCUAUUGGUUCGGUGAUGAGAAUAUGUUGGUGGGAUUUGAUGUUGAUUCAGCAAAGAUGAUAGAAAUGCCAAACGCACCCAAGAUUCAACGGGCAGACAGGAUAUCGAUUCAGUAUUUCGGAGGAUGUGGUGGCCGUUUGAUUCUUAUUCUAGAUCCUAUGGUCAUCAAAAUCCUAGAGAUGGACAAGAAUGAUGGCAGUUGGAAGAUAGAUUGUGAGGUCGAUUUGCAUCUAAUGUCUGCAUUACUUCAUCAACCCAAACCCUAUUGGAAUUAUGAUUCUUCUGUUCUGUCUGUUGUCAAGAAAGAGGAAGGAAAAGGUUAUGAACUCAUAGUAGCUUUUCCGCGCGAAGUUUUUUGUGGAAACGUUAUUACGUAUAAUCUGUCGUAUAUUAUGGAGUUUAAGGUAUGGACUGUCGUUUGUGAGGUGGUGCCGGGUGAAUCGAUUUGUGAUACACCUCCUAAUACAAUUGUUCAUCCGUAUAUCGAAAGCCUAUCCCCUGUUUGA